AUGCCUCCUACGAGGUCUGUUUCGAAGUCAAGCGACCGUUUUACACCUCCUCCAUCCCCAGACACCGCUCUUGCUCUCGAGAAAUGUCUUUACGAUACCCAGAGGUCUCUCGAUUUCGUCAAGAACAGAGCCAUCCGACAUUUAGUCACCAUUACGGGUGUUAUGAUGAACGUCUGGACCUAUCCUGCCUGGAGACAGGAGAACGGAGUGCUCGUCCCCGUCAGUGUGGAAAAUCUCAGGCAGUAUAUGCUGGAGUGGGAUGUCACUCCGCCCAACUGCCUUUGUCCAUUGAAAGAUCCUUCCUCCGCGCUUGUUCAGACGAUUCUACGCCAGGGCGAUGAUGGAAAAUGGCGCUUUCUCUGCGCCUCUGAUUAUUGUGGAUAUGAAGUCGAUCUCUCCAAGGUAUUUGGUCCGGGUCUUCCUCAAACAGCCCUCCAAAACUAUGCCGUUGGCAGUCAAGACAUCGAGAACAUGGACUACUGGAAGUACGAACAGCGCUGGGAGGAACACCAUGGGAAAGCUUGGAACCAGAUCGCGUGCAACCUUUCCGACAUUGACGAAGGUCUGGAAUACACGUCGGACGACCCAAACCGCCGGUAUUCCAGCAGAGUCCCCGAUUCAGAAGAGGAGCCCGAGGAGAAUAGCGGACAAACCGACGAUGUCCGUGACGUAACUUCGCAAACGACCAAAGUACCAGUCGUUGAUUUGGCAGCCGUGGAGAAAAAAAGCGCGGCGAGACGAGAGCCUGUCAAUCGCAUUUACAAAAAGCUGCGCAGCCAAUGGGAUAAUGAAGAUAAGGAGCCAGUUUCUGCAGGACAACAGAAAGACGUACCAGGUAGGAUCGUCAAGGCUGUGCCAGUGCCGGCGCCAGCACCUCCAGCCCCAGAGAAGGAGGUUCAAGUCAAAGCCUUCACGAUGGCUCCCGCUACUCAAGGUCCCGCGCGCCAAGAGGUGGGCGUGCAGACGGCCGCAGUCAUGAGUACCGACCGCUCCGGUAGGGCAGAAAGUCGUUCUCUGGAAUUGCUUAUCUUUGGAUCAUCGUGGGGUAACAGGGGAGGAGCUUUCUAUGCUUAUAGUGAGGUGCUCGGGCUGUGGUAG